UGAUAAUUUGAAUGUUGUCCUACGAAACGUCUUAUUGAAUCAAUUCAAAUUGUUAUGAUGUUUAAGCAAUUUCAAUUUACGAUAAUUAAGAGCAGCACAUCGUCGUUAUACUUUCUCUCUAUAUGCUCCUGCUUUCCGAUGAGUUUGCGCGUAUCGUGAAUAAAAUAUUGCACGCGCCGCGCGCGUUGCUCAAUUCAACUCGAAAUUGCUGAAAGGUCCGUUCCACUUUUGCCCCCCAUUUCCGCAUUUCUAACCCAAAUGUCACUUAAAUAUAUACACAGUAUUGCAUCUGUUCCACUUCCUUCGUCCAAUGUAUGAGACAUAAACAAGCGAAAAAAUAAAACUGAAAAACACAAAUGACUGCCUUUCUUCGGAUAGUUCGGGCUAGGGAUGUCAAGAUGCAUAGUGCAAAUUUUGAUAUUGAGGCCGGAACCGGAAGGGAUGGUGGGGACGUGCUGGUUGCUAUCGCCGCCCUCGUUACCGAAGGUCGUAUCCCUGCCAAAGGGCCUCUAACUUCAGUCUCAUCAAAUGCCGCCACCUCUAAUCAUCGCGGCUUCUACGAAGGACCACAUUGCACUGCGACCACGAAAAGUACACCACAUAGUUGUAAUCCUACUGAUGAUUUGUGUCAAAGGUAUGAAUUCAUAAAAGAAAAAGUUUUAAAUUUAUGGCAAAAAGGGAUUCCCUUGUGUGUGGAGGUUUCAUUGGCUUCUAACUGCCCCUGUCGCGAAAACGUCGGCGACGAGAACAAUUCCGACGACGACUUGCUUUUGGAAAAAUGGUAUUUCUCUAUAACCCAAGAUAGACCGUCUGAUGUUUCGGUUCCGUUCAAUGUGAAUCAGCUGAUAAGCGCAGUUCGCUCGCAGCUUUAUUUCUCGCAAAUUUCUGCCUGGCUUUCGUGUCAGGACUUAGGUGCACCGCACAUAUCUAAUGCCAACCUGAAGUAUCGUUUAGCUAUACCAGGCGAAACUUUCGAUCAGCCAAAAUUUAAUGAAAAUGCAAACGAGCAUUUGUUUCCAACCACCGAUAUGGGAAAUGGCUUGCAACUUAAUGUGACACUCUUAAGCUUACCUCGGAUGUCGAAACCGCCUUCGAACGUAUGUACCAAAUGUAAAUCUGACGAUUUGAGUUCAGCAGAGGAUAUUUGGAUGUUGGACGAUCGAAUGCAUACCAAGUGCACUUUGAAGGGAAAGCACCGAUGUGAAGACUUUGAUGAUUUUGAUGUGAAGAAAGAGUACAAGUUCUUAAAGAGCUGCGGAAGUUGUAGUUUGUCACAGCCCUCUACUUCGGGCUCCAGCGAAAAGAGGAACAUUGAAAGCGUUGGCGCUGGAGUCGGCGAUACAAAAACCCCCAAGCUGGAUUUCAUGUUGAACCGAGACGAGUUUAGAGAGGCGAUGGGUGUCAUGGAAAAUGAUCUCAGCAAUCAGCAGAAUGGCCGUGGAGACGUCCUCCUGAAUGCGAUUUUACGCAGUUGCCGUCUCCAGGAUGGUGGGUCCGGUCAUAUGAGCGAAUGUGAUGUUAAAUGUGUUCAGAGUGAAUGUAAUAGUAGAAAUUUGAAGAUUAACGGCAGUGGAGAGAUAUUUUCAAAAAAAAUCUGUAGUUCUUUUAGUGAUAAUUGUGAUAGUGCCAGUAACAAUAAGCGAAAAGGUUGUAAAUCAAAGGUACGCCAGAAGAUUCAAUUCGAUGAUUUUAAACAGCCGGCGGACAAAUCGUCAAUUACAAUUGAUAUACCCUCGCCGUUCGAGAAGGCCAAGUUUAGGAAGAACUUGGAUAGUGCUGCAUCCAUGGUUUUUCAUUCACGCACAGGACUACCGCUGACCAGCAGUCCUGCACCCAUAAGACGUGGCAAGUCGUGUUUCGAUUACGAUUCCAGUAUUAACUCAGUGUCCGAUAUCAAAAGUGCAUUAUUCUCUGCGAGUUUCUCGACCGAUGACGAUAGUGAAAGUGACGGUAGUAUAGUUUCCCCCUGCAGCCCGGAAACAUACAUAUAUACACAAAAACCUCAACCUACGCCGGUCAAAGUAUAUAGACGUAGCCAUUCUGCAAACCUCUUAGGUAGUUUCGAAGAAUCAGUACUGAACGGUCGUUUGGAACCUGUCUCAACGGUUCAUGGUUUUAAAGCAGAACUUGGGGCUAGUGGCUCUUUCGUUCCAAGGCACUUGGUUGUUCCUGUUACUGUAUUUUUCUAUACUCUUGGCGAUAACGAUAAAGUUUCUUCACCUUAUCUGGGCCAUAUUAAUUUGGGUAGAAAAGGCUACAACGUGCCUAAAACCGGUACCAUUCAAGUGACUCUUUUCAAUCCUCUUGGUACCGUAGUCAAAAUGUUUGUCAUUAUGUACAACCUUGCAGACAUGCCACCAAAUUCUCAAACUUUCAUCCGACAGCGUACUCUUUACAUGCCAACAAAUUGUCACGAUAAGGAAUUGGAAUGGGGACCAAAGUGGCUACGAUAUUUAAUUCAUCUUAGAUUUAUGAGCUCAAAGUCUGGUCGUAUUUACUUGCACAGCGACAUUCGCAUGAUUAUCUUCAGAAAGUCUGAUGUAGACACAGCUACAGCACAUGGAAUUGAUAUGUGCUACGAAUUGCGCAGCUUCACGCACAUGCCUGUUAAUCCAAAGUACUCUCCUAGAAAGUGAAUGUUUUUUUUUUUUUUUUUAAGUGAGAUAAUAGUAGUCGAAACUGAUUGUGUGGUUCGAGGAAUAAUGCAUAUUCAUUUGUGAUAUAUUCGCAAUCAUUUGCGUAUUAUUAGUUUAUUUUUAUCAUCACCUCUGUUGGACAAUGCAUAUUUUUAUAAUAUAAUUGCUGGCGAUUGGAAAUGGUGGUCAUGUAUAUACAUAUGAAAAAGAAUUGU